UGAUCACGAUUGUCAACUAUCGAGACCUGUACGAGAUAUGAACCGUUUGACGGGCACCAUUUUCGGAUUUUGCUUACUUGUGCUGAAAGCCAUACUUUACAUUGCAGCGCAACCUGCCGAAACAGGUAUGGACUGGAAGAAGUGCGGCAAAGUCCUGGUUGAUUUUCUGGCAGAUUCGGAGACACUUCUGAAGUUCACCACAAGAGACUACAAGGAGACAACAAACGGCAACAGGCUCUAUCUAGAAUUUGGAGUCCUCUUCGGUUUCAAUGACAUGACACUUAAGGAUGCAGAUAUAUCGCUGGUUGAACAGACGGUAGUUCUUAUGGUCAUCUUCGAUGUGCGUGAGUUAGAACUGCGGAGCUUCAACAACUUCCAGAGCGCUGAAGGCGUACAGAACUCGCUACAUCUGUCGGUUAGUGCGAGGAAUGUACGCUACACGAUGGGGCUCAAUUACAACGUUAGCGACAUGAACACUUACGACUGCCGGUACGUCGAGAUGGACAAACCAGAAGUGAGGAUGGAGGAGGACGUCGGCAGUUACGAAUCUGUUAUUGCGCGGAUGGCGACGGACACUUUCGACGAGGUGGUCAGUGAACUUGUCACCAAGAAGAUGAUCAGGGCGGUCGACAACCCAGAUUUGCACGAAGCCCUCGACAGCGCAGGUUGUUCGUGAAUUGCCUGACCAAGAACAUGUUUUGUUCUACUUUUUAUUUAAUAGAAAAGAACAUCGUCAAUCGAGAUAACUACAAAGUCUGGGGUACAAUUCGUCUCUAGCGGAGCCAAAAUGGCCACGUCAGGUGCAUGUCUCUUUCAAAAAGGAAGGAGUGGAGAAAUUAAAAAUUUGCUACCUAUGUGCAUAAAAUAUGCAAUUCUGUUCAACAAUAACGUGACUCUCGACAAUUUCGAACAUGG